AUGAUUGUUGACGUACGUAAAUUAAGUAGUGGUGCUUGUCCAGCAAGACCUGUUUAUCAUCAUGGACAUUUUUGUGUUCGUACAUUUCAUCGUCUUCUAUCCUAUCCAGGUUAUUCAUUAUUUAUAUUUUUUAUAAUUUAUCUUCAAAUGAUGGAUCUAAGACUUUACUUUAAAAUACAAUCAAGAGGAACAUUAGAUUAUAGUACAUCAAAUACAAUAUUAAAUCAAACAAAUCCUUCCCCAAUAAGUCAUACUAUUCAUAUAUUUGAUCCAUUACCAAUAAAAAAAAUGAUGGUUGAACCAAUUAUUCAUUAUGUUCGUUCACCCUUAGCUGAACAAAUUGAAAAUACAUUACAUUUUACAUAUUAUUUUCCAUUUAUAUCUGCUAAUGCCAUAUCAUAUUUUCAUUGUUUUCUAUCAAUCGUAUCAAUGAAAUUUCUUUCAAGUGAAUCAUUAUUUCGACGUCAAAUCGGUGUAUGUAUUUUUCAAUUUCGUAUUUUUCUUGAUUGUCUUGAUGGUGUGGUUUUUCGUGCACAUUCACAUAAUAAACGUUAUAAAUCAUAUUAUGGUGAUUAUGGAUAUUAUGUUGAUGUUGUUAGUGAUAUAUUAGGUGGAACAUGUCUUAUUGUAAGUGUUUUAUUAUAUUUUUAUAAACAACGACCAUUUCGUCCAAUAAAAACACGUUCAAAUAUAUGUUCAAGUUCAUCAGCAAGUGAUGGCGGAACUGAUGAAACAGAUUUAAUGAUAUUAAAUCUUGAAGAUGAUCAAUCAUCUCCACGUCUUAAUUCAUCACCAUCAUCACCGUCGUCAUCGCCAAAUGAAAUUAAUAAUCAUCUACUUGAAACUAAACAAACAAUAUUUAUAACAUUAGUAUUAUUUUCAGUUAAAUAUUUAUUAGCAGCGAUGUUCUGGGAUAGAAAUGUACAUGCUUAUGAAGAUUUACUGGAUUCAUCAGUUAAUACACCACAAGAAAAAGCUUUACAAUUAAGUCUUUUACAUUCACCCUUAACAAUAUUGAUCUUUUAUCUCUGGAGAUAUUUAUGUGCACUUAGUAUUCAAGAUUAUCUUUUAUUUGCAAUUUUUAUUGAUCGACCAUGGGAAUUUAUACAGAAAACAAAGACAAUAUCUUGGUUUCUAUUAGUUGGAACAGUAUUAUUAACUGAAUUACAUACUGAUCAAUUACGAUCUGUAUUUGCUGCACUACAUAGUAAUUCAUAA